AUGGAUUCAAUAGAGGCUCGUUUACAGUUUAUACAGGUGUUGAAGAACUUGCACAAAACUUUGCACAGUGUCUUGUCGACAAGCACAGCGGCGACAAGCGUUACGGCUGGUGCAGCGGUCUCGCCGCAACACAAGUUUGAAACACCAGACCCAAUACAGUUCUACUUGAACAACUGCAAGGAACACUACGAGGACUUCCACUUGUGCAUGCUCGACCAAAUGGAGAAGAUGGACCCACUGGAUAGGGUCACCGUUGUGUUGUACUACGGCAAGAUCAUGGGGAUACUCAAUCGGGAUUCAGCACCAAUCCCACAGCGGAUCGUCUCACAGUUCAUGCUUCCAUCUCUGGCCACAGUGUUCCAGUUGGCUCUGCCGCAGGGAAACACAGAGUCCCUUGCAAACUUGACUGUGUGUCUCGACAUGCUCAACAUACUCAGGGAAGAAUUUGCUGGGGAACAGCACUCAGAAGUCUUCCGCUCCGUGAAAGAGGUGGUCCACCAACGGAUGCAGUUCAAGACGGAACUUCAGCAGAGGUACUUAGAGGAGGGCACGUUAGCGCUGAGCGCAGACCCGCAGACACCACAACCGGUUUCCAAAGAAACAGUCGCCACGACACUCGGUAGGAUGGAGCUGGACAGAGAGCGACACAAACGGUCGAAGGAACAAAUCUGGGUUGUCGAGAGACCCAACCACAGUAUCCUAAACGCGGCAGAGUUUGAGCAGAAAUGGGCCAGCACAGAACCCCUCAACGAGUUCGACAUGGCGCAAAUACGGCAUCUGACCAAUCUAGCAAGAGAGUCGUACCUUAUAUAG